AUGUACACUUCUUCUUUCAAGUUUGGGGCCCAGGCCUGCAGAUUCUCCCGCCAAUUUUCUACAACGGUGCCGAAAUUCGUUUCUCCCAAGUUCGACUCACGGAAAUUCGUUCAACUGCUGCAGAACAGCGGGUUCUCGCAACCUCAAUCGGAAACCGCAGUCAAGAUUUUUAGCAGUGCCAUUAACGAUGCCAUUUCACUGUAUGGAUCCAACCUGAUCACCAAAGAGACCAUGUCCAAGAUGUCAUACCAGCAAAAGGUCGACUUUGCUAAACUCAAGGGCGAGCUCCAGAUGAUUGACAAGUCAGACUUCAACAACCUUUUGUCGCAGCAUGAAAGACUACGCAAUGACCUUGAGAAGGUGAGACAGAAACUACGCGAAGAGAUAAACCGCAGUUUGAGUUCGGUGCGGUUGGAUCUGAAUCUCGAAAAGGGAAGAAUAAGAGAAGAAUCGUCCAUCUACGACCUUAAGAUCAAAGAGACGGAUACCAGGAUCGAUGAGGAAAUCAGUAACAUCAAGGUCCAGAUAGAGAGCGUCAAGACCCAGGUGAUACAAUGGUUGAUUGGUGUUUGUACAGGUACAUUUGCGUUGGUUCUGGCCUACGUAAGGUUGAUGACGUAA